AUGACUGAAGAACACCUGAGGCAGUUGGAGGGGCAGAGCAGCAGAAGGACAGUGCAGAGUGGGCUGCUGUCUCGCUUCCCUCUUGCCCCCUUUGGAUAUUGGUGUCAUUCUGCGGAAGUCACCCAGGAUCUUCUUGAGUCAGAAGAGGGACCUAAAGAAAUGGGUAGAAUUAGUCAUUUGAUGGACCUUCCUACCUGUGAACUCCAUAGACUUGGAGAGAUUGCAGACUUAGUGACCUCUGUUCACCUCUCACGUGUCCAUAAGGAAAAGCUAGCGCUGGCCUUGAAGAAUGGAGACUAUAUUUCAAACCUCCUACAGCUUUUCCAAGUCUGUGAGAAUGCAAAGAACACUGAAGGCUUGCAUCUUCUGUUUGACAUUGUGAGAGGAAUUUUGUACCUGGACAAAGCCAUUCUGUUUGAGUUGAUGUUUUCUGACCAGUGUAUUCUGGGUGUUGGAUGCCUUGAGUAUGAUCCAUGUUUGGCUCAGCCAGGAUGGCACAGGGAAUUCUUGACCAAAACAGCAAAGCUUCAGGAGGUUAUUCCUGUCAGAGACUGGAUUUUGCCUGGACUCAGGCAAAAAAUCUGCCAGACAUCCAGGGCACAGUACAUUCAGGCCAUUGAAGAGGGUUUUCUUUCUACCCUCAAUUCCUUCAUCAGCUCCAGCAAAGAGGAGAUUUUACACGGGUUGCAGAAAGAUGAGGAAUUUUUGCCUGAAGUUUUUGCACAAUUAACAAAUGAAGCUACAGCUGGCAAGCAAAGAUGUAAAUUGAUAAGGUUUUUCAAGGAAUUCUGUGCCUUUUCUUUCACGUUACCUGACGAAAGAGAUGAAUUGCUUCAAACUUUGGCAAAGUUGGGAAUUCUUCCAACUCUUGAAAUGUUAAUGGGAAUGGAUGAUCUGCAAGUUAGAUCUGCCACUACAGAUAUAUUGUCUUAUCUAGUAGAAUUUAGUCCAGCCAUGGUCCAAGAAUUUGUAAUGCAAGAGGCCCAUCAGAGUGAGAAUGAUACCCAACUCAUCAUUGAGGUCAUUAAGCAGAUGAUCUGUAGUCCCGACCCUGAAUUUGGAGGAGAUAAUCAGUUAAUGGAGAUUUUGUGUGCUCUGAUCAAUCCAGAGAAAAUGCUGUCCACAGCUAGUAAUUUAGAAAUAUUUGAAUUUCUCGAGAUCUUCGACAAUCAUUACAUUCAUGUUCUUACUGCGCUGCUUCUGGCUGAUAUAUCAGAAGAAUGGUAUGAAAUAGAUAAUUAUCAAACAGCAGAAAUACUUGCCUCAGUUUUGGAGCUGCUGUCUUUUUGUGUGGAAUGGCACAAGUAUCACAUGAAGAUUUACAUUAUCAACAAAGAUCUGCUAAGAAGAACACUGGUCUUGAUGAAAUCCAAACACAAAUUUCUGGCCUUGUGUGCUCUUCACUUUAUGAGGAGGAUAACUGGCCUGAAAGAUGAACUUUAUAACCGUUACAUCACUCUGGGAAACCUGUUUGAACCAGUUGUAAAUGCUGUGUUGGAUAACAGGAAUAGGUGCAACCUGCUCAAGUCUGCCUUGACGGAGCUGUUUGAAUUCAAUCCAAAUGACAUUCAGUUCCUUAUUGCACAUGUAGUUGAGAACUUCUCUGAUGCACUGGAAUCUGUCAAAUACAUUCAUACAUUCCAGGGACUGAAGACAAAAUAUGAGCACGAAAAAGACCAGCAAAAUGAGAAACUGAGCUGUGUCAUAUUGCCUGGUGAGACAUUUGUCAAAGAAGCAGUAGUCUUACAGGUGGAUGAAGAUCUGCGGUUCAGUGAAGGUGAAGAGAAGGCACCUCCAAUGUCACCAGCAAGCUCCAAUGGCUCCUAUCCAACUUACACAACCCUGACCACAGUGGUGACAGCCCCCAAGAGAGGUCUAUUUGAAGUAUUUGGUUAUCCUGAGGAUGAAGAUGAUGAGACAUCUCCAAAGAAAAGAGGUCGUCAUCUGGGUUCCUAA